AUGACUAGUUCAAAUCUCCAAGUGAUUUAUGACUCUAAGCAAAUUCUAAUAUUCUCAAUUUAUCUCUUAAAGGUACAGUCUGAAAUCAGUGAAAUAUUAAACAAAAGUAUUAUUGAAGUAGAAAACCCACGAUUUAGCCCAGAAAAAAAUCUAGAAUUCAACACAUGCAUUGAAAAGCCUUUGAGCGAAUGGACUGUCAGAGAUGAAAAUAAAGAAAUCCCUAUCUUGAAAAUCCUAAAAGAUCCUGUAGAGCAUCAGGAUGAAGUCCUUUCUAAGGAGAAAGUUCAUUUUGAAGAUUCCAGGACUCUUCAUUCAGUGGAAGAAAAAUCCAAUAGCAACAGUAUUAACGGUCUCUCUCCAGAUAUAAAUAUUCCAUCCCAGAUACACUUCAAGGACAUAUCAACUCUGAAAACUUCAACAGAUAAUUCAGCUUCAAACAUAAUUACGAAUCCUUCAGAAAAUUAUGACAUAUUGAAGAAUUAUAAUAACCUUUAUAGUUUUCUACCUAAUGCAUCUCAAGAUGUGAUGUCUCAAGCUGAUGCAGUCAUUUUGGAGAAGUCCAAAGUGAAUGUGCCUUUUCUCAAGCAUGGAUUUUGUGAAAAUUUAGAAGAUAUUUGCCAUUCUAUCAAACAAAUGAAGGAAGAGCUUCAAAAGUCAUACAAUCGGGAACUAGCACUUACAAAUGAACUUCAGACUUUAAAAGCUGAUACAAAUGUUCAAAGUAAUGAUAAAUAUGACCCUGUUCAUAAGAGGGAAAUUAAUUUUAAGGAAGAAAAUAUAGAAAGUGACUUAAAUGAAGAUAUGAAAUCAAAGAGAAUUUCAGAAUUAGAGGCUUUAGUACACAAAUUACUCCCACUCAGAGAAAGUGUGUCAAAAUUCCAUGUGAAUUUUUGCAGAAAAUGUAAAAAAUUAUCUAAGAGUGAAAUACACAGGGGAAGAAAGAAUGAGAAAAACAAAGAAAUCCCUAUUACAGGCAAGAAUAUUACAGAUUUGAAAUUCCAUUCCAGAGCUCCAAGACAUACACUGUCAUUAUUUGAGCCAACAAAAUAUGAAGUAAAUAACAAAGAAAGACAACCAUGUGUAGUAAAACAAGGAGCAAUAAUAUUUGAAAAUGAGAAAACAUCCAAAGUCAAUUCUGUUACUGAGCAGUGUGUUGCAAAAAUUCAGUACUUGCAGAAUUACCUGAAAGAAUCUAUGCAGAUACAGAAAAAGGUAACAGAACUGGAAAAUGAAAAUCUAAUCCUUAAGACCAAAAUAAAACCUCUUGUCUUUACCACACAAUCUCUGAUACAGAAAAUUGAAACAUAUGAAAAGCAAGUUAAGAAUCUGGCUGAAGAAAAGAACACUAUUCUGUCCAAGUUAAUGAAAACAGAAGAUGAUGGCAAAGAAUGUCUUAAAGAAUUGAAAAAAAUAAUUAGUAAAUAUAAUGUUCUCCAAGAACAAACUAAAACUCUAGAGGAAAAAAACAGUCAACUUUCUUUGGAGAAGCAACAAAUGAUCGAAACGUUAGAUCAAAUGAAAAGUAAGGAACAUAAAACUCAAAAUGACAUGGCCAUUGUCAAUAAUGAAAAUAAUCGAAUGAGUAUAGAAAUGGAAUCAAUGAAAACAAGUAUGCUAUUGAUAAAAGAUGAAAAGGAAAUGUUAGAAAAGAAAACAUACCAGCUUCUAAAGGAAAAAAGCUCACUUGAAAAUGAACUUAAAGAAAAUCAGCUAGAGAUAAUGCAGCUAAAAGAAAGAGAAAUAUUAGCAACAACUGAACAAGAGACACUUCUUCAAAUGAUCGAAACAUUUAAAAAUGAAAAACUUACUCUUGAAACAACAUUACAAGAAUCUACUGCCGCUAGACAAAUGAUGGAAAGAGAAAUUGAGACUAUUCAAACCUACCAAUCUACCACCAAUGAGAAUUUUCUAAAAGAAAUUCAAAAUGCAAAAUCAGAAGCAAAUAUUUAUAAGAAUAGUUUGUCCGAAAUGGGAAAUGAAUGUGAAAUGUUAUCAAAAAUGGUAAUGGAAAUUAAAACAGAUAAUCAGAUUCUAAAAGAAGAACUAAAAAAACAUAGUCAGGAAAAUAUAAAAUUUGAAAAUAGCAUCAGUAGACUUGCAGAAGACAAAAUACUUUUAGAAAACUAUGUAAGAAGUAUAGAAAAUGAAAGGGAUACCUUGGAAUUUGAGAUGCGGAAUCUUCAGAGAGAAUAUUUAAAUCUAAGUGAAAAAAUCUGUAGUACGCAUAAUGACCUACCAAAAAUGAGUUACAUUUCAAGAAAAGAGAAGUUCCAUUUUGAGAAAUAUGAAACCUAUGAAGACAAAUCUAGUCCUAGGAGUCGGCCAUUUGCUCCUGAUUUGAAAGGAAUUCCAAGUAAACUCUAUCAAAUGCUUCCAUCCAAGAUAUGUAAAUAAAUUUCUAAACUCAGUUAUUUCAAAAUCCUUGUUCAAG